AUGGCGUUUGCCAAUGAUUUCGUUUACUACGAAGAUCAUGCUACGGAAAAACUGCCCGCUUGCACUAUAAAGAGGCAAUCUAAACUGGAUCUAAACAAAUCAGACAUGUUACAAUUGCUUAGCUACUUAGAAGGUGAACUACAAGCUAGAGAUAUUGUUGUGGCAGCCCUGCAUGCAGAGAAAGUGAAAACACUGUUGCGCAAGGCUCAGAAAGACAAGAAGCACCCCAAAGACCCAAUCCUGGCUCUGCAAAGAGAUUCAGAUCUUCUGCAGGAUUGUAGCUAUGAUGAGUCUGAUGUCAAAUCCAUGUACAAUGACCAGCUGGUUAAGUUGGAGAACCUGAUCACCACACAACAAAACUGCCAAAAGAAGAUGAAAGAUGUUGUUUCUAUGGUUCAAAAUAAAUAUUUAGAGGUGGCCACAAAGUUAGAGCAUGACAAGCAGUUGUACUCAAGAUCGAUUGCAAAUGAUGGCAACAUCAUCUGCGCACUUGAGAAGGAGAGAGACAGGCUGAAACUAGAGCUCGAACAAGAAACUAGCCAGGCAAAAGUUCUGGAAGGUGAGUUGGAAAGAUUGAAGAAAUCACAAAAUGACCCACCAAAAAGCUCUGUUGACUAUGAACUUAUUGCAGUCCAACUGAUAAAAGAACAAACUCGACUGAUGCACAAACUUGCCAAACUUCAAAAACUUGAUCUAUCUUUGCAGGAAGAACUGAAUGUAGAAAAUGAAAAAGUUCAGCAGCUGGAGAAGCAGCUGAAAGCUGAAGAAGAAAAAUUGAUGCACGAGGAAGCCACGCAGGAAAAACAGCUGAGCGAAUUCGACUUUAAGAAGCAGCAGCUCAUGGCUAAGCUGAGCAAAGCUGAAAAUCAGCACAAGCAGUUGUUAGCUGAGUUAGAGCAGCUACAACAACCUCAAGUGCAGUCGACAGCAACAACAACAGCUGCAGUGUCUGGCAAAGAUGACAAAAGUGUUAAACAAAAUUUUAAAGUCAUACCAAUCAACGUCCACUCCUCAUCGUCUUCAACUACCAAAACGCAACAACAACCACCACAACAACCUGAAGUUCUACAAACGGCAAGUCAUCCUUCCCAAUCUACAAAGUUCUCCCUACUACAACAAUUACAGCAGCAGCAGCAGCAACAUCAAUUACAGCAACAACAUCGCCAACAAAUUAGACCACCAUCGACGACAACCAUCCAGCCGAGAAUCAGAUCGCCCAACUCCAACGUUCCCAUCCCCAUUAACAACCUUAACAACAGUACAAUUUCAUCAAUGAACUCCAACACCAUCAUCAACACAACAGCACCACAGACAACUAAAAGCGUUUCGCCUCAAAGGCCUCAGACGACAAGUAGCUUUAGGAAGAUCGUGCCCCCGGGGAGUUUACGCGGUCCACCGCCCAUCCCUUCAAAUAAACCACACAUCCCUAAUUUGCUGCCUCAACAAAAAUUUCAACAAAACAGCAGUGCUGCUUCUUCUAUUUCAUCUUUCAAGCCACAACUUAAAUGA